AAGGCAGGGGGGCGGGAAGGGAGUCGGAGACACAACAAAGAUGGCGGCGGAGACUGCGACGGUGACGAAGACGGCGGCGGCGGCGACGGCGUUUAACAAGGCGGUGUGGUUUACUCGAUGCAGUUGUCAGGAGACCUCUGUAUGGCUUUUCAAUUUUAGUUGAAAUUCUCUCUCCAUGGCCUUUUGGAGUCCCUUGCUGUAUCUCCGAAGUAAAUUUCAAUUACUCUACAUUUCAUCAAUGUUGGAGUGGCAAGAAAAAGGAGGAACAGAUUUGGGGUGAAAAGUUUUGUUUUCUAGGUAUAACAAACUGUAAAUGUUAAAAAAGCAAAGAUGGGUGAAAAAAAACCAGAGCCUUUGGACUUCGUGAAAGAUUUUCAGGAAUACCUGACUCAGCAGACCCAUCACGUGAACAUGAUUUCUGGAUCAGUUAGUGGGGACAAAGAAGCAGAGGCUCUUCAGGGAGCUGGAACAGAUGGUGAUCAAAAUGGACUUGAUCACCCAUCUGUUGAAGUUUCCUUGGAUGAAAACUCAGGAAUGUUAGUAGACGGGUUUGAAAGGACCUUUGAUGGGAAGCUCAAGUGUCGGUACUGCAACUAUGCCAGCAAAGGAACAGCCCGGCUUAUUGAACACAUCAGAAUCCACACAGGUGAAAAACCUCAUCGAUGUCAUCUUUGUCCAUUUGCAUCUGCUUAUGAGCGUCAUCUGGAAGCCCAUAUGCGUUCUCAUACUGGAGAAAAACCAUACAAAUGUGAAUUAUGUUCCUUCCGCUGCAGUGAUCGAAGUAACUUGUCCCAUCAUCGAAGGCGCAAGCAUAAAAUGGUACCAAUUAAAGGUACUAGGUCUUCCUUAAGCAGCAAGAAAAUGUGGGGGGUUUUACAGAAGAAAACAAGCAAUCUGGGCUAUAGCAGAAGAGCACUAAUCAACUUAAGUCCACCUUCCAUGGUGGUUCAGAAACCAGACUACCUUAACGAUUUUACCCACGAAAUCCCAAAUAUCCAGACUGACUCCUAUGAAAGUAUGGCAAAAACCACACCAACUGGUGGCCUUCCAAGGGACCCCCAAGAACUCAUGGUUGAUAACCCUUUGAAUCAGCUCUCGACUCUAGCAGGGCAGUUGUCCAGUCUGCCACCCGAAAACCAAAACCCUGCAUCCCCUGAUGUAGUUCCCUGCCCUGAUGAAAAGCCUUUCAUGAUUCAGCAGCCCUCUACCCAAGCAGUAGUUUCUGCCGUAUCAGCAAGUAUUCCUCAGAGCUCCUCUCCCACAAGCCCAGAACCUCGGCCAUCCCAUAGUCAAAGGAACUAUAGUCCAGUGGCAGGUCCAAGCAGUGAGCCAAGUGCCCACACGAGCACUCCCAGCAUAGGAAACAGCCAGCCAAGCACCCCAGCCCCAGCCCUGCCGGUCCAGGACCCUCAGCUUCUGCACCACUGCCAGCACUGUGAUAUGUACUUUGCAGACAACAUCCUUUACACUAUUCAUAUGGGAUGUCAUGGGUAUGAAAAUCCUUUUCAGUGUAAUAUAUGUGGAUGCAAAUGUAAAAACAAGUAUGAUUUUGCCUGUCAUUUUGCAAGAGGGCAACAUAACCAACAUUGAUUGAAAAUAGUCAUAUUUUACUUAGUUUUGCUGUUUUUGUGGUUUGGUUUUUUUUGUUUUUUGUUUUGGUCAUCCCUAAUAAAGUGUCUGCUAAUUCAAGGCUUAUACAUUAUAUUUAUAGAAUAUAAAUUUGACAGUGGAAUAAAAUUUCCCCUUUUUUUCAUAAAAAUCUGGUCAGGGUCAUUUAUAUAUUAGAACAGUUAGACACAUUGGUGUCUCUUUUUUCCUUUCCUUUCGACAUUGGAGAAUUGGAGUGCAGUCAUAAUCUUACAAGAUGUUCAUUUGAAUUUCUCACAUUUAUGGUCCAUAAAAACUUCAAGGCUUAUCCAUACUUUUGAUGUUUCAAUAUGCAUUGAACUGGAUGUUAUUUCUGCCAUAUUUCAAAAUGGUAGAAUAAAUUACUUUUACAGAAUUUAUUACUACUCAUUUCAGUGUUUAGUACAGAAAUUGCCUUAAAAAUUGCUAUUAAUUGAAAUAUCAUUUAGUUCACAUUUCUUAAGUUGAAUCGGUAGUUUCAUUUCAGCUGAUAAUAGUAAAGCUAUUUCAGUUUAGUAAAAUUUUCUUUUUUCCACAAGGGGAAAUGUAAAACAGUUAAGACUUGAAAUUGAAAAUUCUUUUAAUAUUUAAAAUAACUUGUUUAUUCAAUGUCUAAACACAUGUCAGUCUUCCACUGGAUUUUUAUUUUCACAGGUAAAUACACUAGAGUGCUAGAUGCCUUUUUCCCCUGUCAGUUUGACUUUCAUUUAAAUCCUUCAUUCUGAUAUCAUUACUGUUAGGUGAGGUGGAUAACUAUAAUGAGAAUCUCUUAUUCUUCCUAUUCCUUUGAUGACCAAAGAGAUAAAGUGAAGUCAUCCUUAUUAUUAAAAUGCAGCCUCCAAACAAAUUUCUCAAGAUUCCUUUUCCUUCCUUCUAUCCAUUUACUGCCCAUAAUUUCCAAGAAAAGGUGGGUAUGGAAACACAUGAGAGAAUGUGAUAGUGAAGUCAUAUUUACAAAACUGAGAACGUGUCCAAAAUGGAUUCUUGUCUCCUCUUCAGAAUUAGCCAUUUAAAAUAUUUUCUGUGACUUCAAAUUGUAAUUCUUAUUUGCAGUUUUACCAGUCUUCAUGUACAGUGACGAAACUGUGUAGAAACUAAAUCAUCGCUUUAGUAAGAAAGGAUAAAAAGGUGUGGAAAUGAAUAUAAAAUGCAUCUAAACAUGACAUUUAAUUUGUUUAUAAAAAUAAGACUUACUAAAUAUAGAGUAAUUCAUUUUGAAUAGGAGGCUAUUGUUUUUAUAUUGUGUAAUAACUCACGUACUCUGAAGAGAGCUUGGUCAAACAAUAAAAUACAUUGUUACUAA